AUGAUCAAGAAAGCUAUUGAUUCUUCUAUUCCAGGCCCGAGGGGUAAUUUGCUUCGGUUUUUGCCUUUUACUGAAAAGGAUAUAAGGAAUUUACUCCAGUCGUUUAGGAAAUUAGAUCCAGAAGAAGAAAGCUUAGAUUUAUUGAGAAUGUGCAGAAACAUUAAGGAGAAAGAUCCUAAUUUUAAAUUUGAGUACACACUUGAUGCAAACAACCGUUUGGAAAACAUUGCUUGGUCCUAUGCCUCAUCAAUCCAAUUGUAUGAUAUAUUUGGUGAUGUCGUGGUGCUUGAUACAACACAUCGCCUCACUGCAUUUGACAUGCCGCUAGGGAUAUGGGUUGGAAUAAAUAAUUAUGGAAUGCCUUGCUUUUUUGGCUGUGUGCUUCUGCGGGAUGAAACUGUCAAGUCAUUUUCCUGGGCAGUGAAGGCUUUCUUAGGGUUUAUGAAUGGAAAGGCUCCACAGACUAUAUUGACUGACCAAAAUAUAUGUCUCAAAGAAGCACUAGCUGAAGAUAUGCCAACAACAAAACAUGCUUUCUGUAUAUGGAUGAUAGUAGCAAAGUUCCCAUCUUGGUUCAAUGCUGUUCUAGGGGAACGUUACAAUGAGUGGAAGGCUGAAUUUUAUAGACUUUAUAAUCUUGAGUCAGUGGAGGAUUUUGAACUAGGCUGGAGGGAAAUGGUUUGUUCUUUUGGGCUGCAUUCAAAUCGGCACAUGGUUAAUUUAUAUAGCUCUCGUUCACUUUGGGCAUUGCCAUUUUUGAGAAGCCAUUUUCUUGCGGGAAUGACUACAACAGGUCAGUCAAAGUCAAUCAAUGCUUUCAAUCAACGAUUUCUGAGUGCACAAACACGGGUGGCUCAUUUUGUUGAACAUGUAGCUGUUGCUGUGGAUUUUAAAGAUCAAACUGGAGAACAGCAAACCAUGCAGCAGAAUCUUCAAAAUGUUUGCCUCAAAACAGGAGCCCCAAUGGAAUCACAUGCUGUCACAGUCCUCACUCCUUUUGCCUUUUCAAAGCUUCAAGAACAACUUGUGUUGGCAGCACAUUAUGCAUCAUUUUCAAUUGAAGAUGGUUUUCUUGUGAGACACCACACAAAAACUGAAGGAGGUCGGAAAGUUUAUUGGUCCCCUCAGGAAGGAAUCAUAAGUUGCAGCUGCCACCAGUUUGAAUGCUCUGGAAUUCUAUGUAGGCAUUCUCUUAGAGUUCUUUCAACAGGAAAUUGCUUUCAGAUCCCAGAUAGAUAUCUUCCCAUUCGUUGGCGUCGUAUGAGCGUGCCCUCUUCUAAGCUUCUUCAAAAUGCAUCAAGUGAUCAUGCUGAAAGAGUUAAGUUAUUACAAAAUAUGGUUUCAUCUCUGAUUAAUGAAUCUGCUAAGUCUAAGGAACGAUUAGAUAUUGCAACAGAACAAGUUUCCAUCCUUCUUUCUCGCAUAAGAGAGCAACCAAUUUCAUUACAAGGGGUCAGAGAUAUGUCUUCCAUUAAUAGAACAUUCCGCCAAACUCCUCCCCUUCAAGUUCCAUGACUUCGACCUCUCCCUCCUUCGCAUCCUUCAACCACACCCUUUUUCCCUAAGAUGGAAAUCGAUUUCCAAUCUCCUCUGUUGACUUAGAUAUCGGUUUGAACAGUGGAAAUCGGUUACCAAUUGUUACUGGAAUUUCAACCAAAAAACUAAGUAAGAAUUGGUAAGAAGAAGUAAGUUUCCUACUGUCUUGCCUUUUUUCUCUGCAGAAUCAAGUCUACGGCUAGCUUUGUUGUGUUUAGAUUAUAAUCUUGCUAUCUUGUAUCUUUCUUUUAUUUAUUGCUAGUAUAAUAGGCUAUGUCUUUAUCUUGGUCUCAAUGCAUUGGCAUAGUUAAUUGGCCUCCAGCACUACAGAGCCACUACUGCUUGACUUUGUUAUGAUCUAGUUUGAAGAUCAUUUAACUGAACAAGAAAUAUGGUUGGCUAAAUAUUUAAGACCAACUAGCUAAGUAGGGAUUUCGGGUAAUAUGACUUAUGCAUAGUGAAUUAGUGAUGGUUGUUUGGAUGAGGGAUUGUUCUGAUUUAUGUUACCUUUAAAUGAAACUGAUAUUUUUUUGAGCAUGUCUUGAACAUUGAAGUGUGAUAUUUUUCUGGUUGGAUGGAGUAAAUAUUUUCAAUGUAAGAGAGGUGUGUGAUCAGAGCUCAAGGGUAGUUGGUUUCUGGGAAUUCUUUUCCAUGAUAUAUUGUAUUCUGUUAGAGUAUGCAAUAUACUUAGUCAUUACAAGCUGAUAAUUUAUGAUGUGAAUAGACUCUUAGUGGGUUAGUUUCUGUACUCAGGCUCUAAUUAAUUCUAUUUCUGUUAAAGAGCUCAACUUGUACAGGGAUUUAUAUACCCUCAUUCAAACAACUUAUAGAUAGGUAGUUAGUUCCUUACUGUCCUGUAUGACAUUCUGAAUAGUCCAAGCCAUUGAUUCAGAUCUCAUAGCAUUUAUAACAGAGAGAGAAUCUGAUUCAACAAUCAUGCUUAUUUGUUUCUUUGAAGGUUCAUGGAUUGGAGCUUAUUGCUUUAAAGUUUGCUGUUUUUUUUAUCCAACCUAGAGAAUAUUAAUACUACCAUGAAAUGAUCAUAACAUGAGAAGGAUAUACAAUAGUAAAAUAGGCUACCAAGCAUAUAUAGAUCCAAAUCCAUAUGAAAGGAAAUAAAUUAAGCAUGAUCUUUGUAUGAAACAUAUACAAAUUUGCUGGAAAACGAUAUAUUUAUAUAGUUCACACUUCACAGAACCAGCACAAAGAUCAUAAAAGGAAAAGAUAUAGAAUUAGAGAGGUGAAUAUGCAUGAAAGUUUAUUCAACUCACUGGAAGAUAUUGCAGGCAGCAAAUCAAUAUAGAGAUCUUUCUCCAAUUUUUGGAAAUGGCCAGCAGCUAUUAGCUAGAAACUCAAAGCUGAGAAAUGAGAAUGAUUGAUUGCAUGUGGUUAACCCUCCUGUUUUGUCUUUGGUGUUUUGUUCUCUGUUUCCUACUUGGAUGGGCUGUUUCCAAGCUAUUUCAUCUUCCCUUUUAAUAUAUCUUUAUCCUUUCAAAAAAAAAAAAGUGUAAAUCAUUAGUCAUUCAAGUACUGUUAUCUCUUGCAUUCAGUACAAAAUAUAGAGCAAGAGAUGCCUAGCAUCUGUUAACUUCUUUCUGCUGGUUUUUGCUAUAUAAAGUUGAUUGGUGUUUUAACUGAUGCAGCCCAUAUGACUGGACUUAUGCAGAGGCUGUGUUAAAAAGGCACCUUGGAGAAAAGAUUUUUAUUUAUGGGUUCAAAGUUGCUCACCUCCGCUGCUCUCCUAAUUUAUGCUUAUGGUGCUGGUGGCUUUCCUGCUUGGGGCAUUAAUUUGCUGAAUUGUUGCUGUUUUGCUGAAUUGUUGCUGUGUUGCUGUUUAACUAUUUUGUCCUAAUUUCAUGAGCUGCUGUUUAACUACAUUUAAAGAACUAGAAUUGCUGAAUUGUUCUAGUUCUUUUAGGCUAUUGUGUUUUUUUUUUGCUGGGACCUUGGAUGUUUAACUCACUUGAGAGAGUGUGUUCUCAAGAUCUCUUUUUAUUUUAAUAAAUUUUCAUUAAA